AUGUCGGCUUCAAUGAAGGAAUGCCUUCAGCUUCAGCUGCUGGAGAUGGAAAUGCUGUUUUCUAUGUUUCCUAACCAAGGAGAAGUAAAACUUGAAGAUGUCAAUGCCCUGACAAACAUAAAGAGAUACUUGGAUGGCAUAAGGGAGGCGCUGCCACCAAAAAUCGAAUUUGUGAUCACCCUGCAGAUCGAGGAGCCCAAGGUGAAAAUUGACUUGCAAGUAACCAUGCCUCACAGCUACCCCUAUGUAGCGUUGCAGAUGUUUGCACGGUCACCAGAACUUGAUAGACAGCAGCAGCUGCUUCUCAACAGAGGCCUCACUUCUUACAUCGGGACUUUUGAUCCAGGGGAGCUCUGUGUGUGUGCGGCCAUCCAGUGGUUGCAGGACAACAGCACCUCCUACUUCCUGAACAGAAAGCUCGUGGACGAACCAUCGACACAAGCAAAACCAGUCAAGAACACCUUCCUCCGAAUGUGGAUCUACAGCCACCAUAUAUAUCAGCAGGACCUCCGGAAAAAGAUCCUGGAGGUCGGGAAAAGGUUGGACGUGACAGGAUUUUGCAUGACGGGAAAGCCAGGGAUAAUCUGUGUGGAGGGCUUCAAAGAGCACUGUGAGGAAUUCUGGCACACAAUCAGGUACCCCAACUGGAAGCACAUUUCCUGUAAGCAUGCGGAGAGUAUCGAAACAGAAGGAGACGGGCAAGACCUGCGCCUUUUCCCUUCUUUUGAAGAAUUACUCCUUGAGGCCCACGGUGACUACGGCUUGAGGAAUGACUAUCACAUGAAUCUGGGCCAGUUCUUGGAAUUUCUCAAAAAACACAAAAGUGAGCAUGUUUUCCAGAUAUUAUUCGGUAUCGAAAGCAAAAGUUCUGACUCCUAG